AUGGCCGGGAAGACUGCAGCGUCCAAGCCGCCGGUGUCGGCGCCUCCCGCCAAGAAGCGCAAGGCGGCGGCCGAGUCGGUGCCGCUGCUGGUCCAGCAGGACGUGUCCGCCGACGAUGUGAUCGACGCGCACGAGCUCGUGGCGCAGACGGACGUGCACAGCGCCACCAAGGCGCGGAUGCUGCUCACGUGGCUGCUGUACCCCGUGACGCCCGAGGAGUUCUACGACAAGUACUGGGAGCAGCGGCCGCUGGCCAUCAAGCGCAACUUCCGCAGCUACUACGACGGCUGGUUCAGCAAGGCCGAGGUGGACCGCAUCCUCAAGACGCACACGCUCGAGUACGGCGCCGACCUGGACCUGACCAAGUACGUGGACAGCACGCGCCACACGCUCAACCCGUCGGGCUCCGCUACAGCCAAGGAGGUGUGGAAGCACUUCGACGACGGCUGCUCCGUGCGGCUUCUGUGUCCGCAGAAGUUCUCGGACGACGUGUGGAAGCUGCUGGCCACGCUGGAGGACGAGUGGGGCUGCAUGGCCGGCGCCAAUACCUACUUGACGCCCAAGAACACGCAGGGCUUCGCGCCGCACUUCGAUGAUAUUGAGGCCUUCCUGCUGCAGACCGAGGGGUGCAAGCACUGGAAGGUGUAUAAGCCCCUGAAUGACAGCGACAUGCUGGCGAGGUAUCCGAGUGGCAACUACAAACCCGAAGAUCUGGGCAAACCCAUGAUCGAGGUGGAUCUGGAGGAGGGCGACUUGCUGUACUUCCCUCGCGGCUUUAUUCACCAGGCGCGCGCACACAAGGAGAAGCACUCGCUGCACUUGACGGUCUCGACUGGCCAGCAGAACACGAUGGGAAACUUCCUCGAGGUGCUGCUCCCGCAGGCGCUGGGAGGCGCUAUCAACACGAACGUUGAGCUGCGACGCUCGCUGCCCCGCGACUACUUGGACUACAUGGGCGUCAUGCACUCCGACCGCGAAGGCGAUCCGGAGCGACAGGCGUUCGCGAACAAGCUCAAGGGUGCGCUCAAGAUCGUGCUUGGCGAGGCCAUGGGCAUGCUAGACGCUGCAGCGGACCAGAUGGCCAAGAACUUCCUGGUAGACCGGCUGCCGCCACCGCUUGAGGAUGAAGAGGAGAACUGCACGAGUGACAACAGCCCGCUGCAGAAGAUUACGGUGAACACCCAGCUGAAGCUGAUCCGUCACGGUGUUGCUCGACUUGUGAUCGAGGACGGCAAGGCCGUGCUCUACCACUGCCGCGAGAACUCGCGGAUGCACCAUGAAGUGCCCAUCUCGCCGCUCGAGUUCGAGCUGGACGAUGCAGAGAGCAUCGAGUUUAUCCUGAGCAGCUACCCGGACUACUUCCGCGUGGGCGACAUGCCCCACGAGGACCCGCAAGACCAGACGGAGCUCGCGAAGGCUCUGUACAAGGAAGGCAUCCUGAUGUUCCAAAAGUCUUAA